GAUUACCUGGUAUUGAUGGUGUGCCAGGACGACCAGGUGUGCCAGGCGAGACUGGAGAAGUGGGAAGGAAGGGAGAGCCAGGUCAGAGCAUCCCAGGUUUGGAUGGACCCAUGGGACCUUCAGGACGUGAUGGUAUACCAGGAGCGAAGGGAACCCAGGGCUUCCAGGGACCACCAGGUCUUCCUGGAAACUCAACAAUGGGACGUUCUGGAUUACCAGGACUAAAGGGAAACACCGGAAUGAAGGGUUUUCCAGGUCUUAACGGACGUAACGGUCUGCCAGGUCUACCGGGAAUGAAGGGUGACAGGGGUGGGUCGUGUAGUCAGUGCAUGCCUGGAAUGAAAGGUGACAAGGGAUCAUCUGGUCUCAAUGGACUCCCAGGAACUUCUGGUCGCCGUGGAAUCACCGGAGAAACAGGAGAACGGGGCGUCCCUGGUGAGGAUGGAGCCCCUGGAAUCCCAGGACAAUCUGGUGAAAUU